AUGGACAGGAAGACCAGAAAGUUGCUGACUAUAAACCGAUGUCUUCAUCCACAAGCUGAUGUUGAUAGGCUAUACGUAAAAAGAUCUAAAGGAGGAAGGGGAUUGAUAGGAGUUGAAGACUGUAUUGCCAUCGAAGUCCAAAGUUUGAGUAAAUACCUAGAGAAGUCAACAGAAACAAUGUUGAUAGCUGUAGUGAAAGAACAAGUCCUGAAAGAACAAAGACCGAAUGCUGAUAACAUCAUGAAAGAGAAAUAUGAAAGAUAUAAAGCAAAGGAACUCCAUGGGAAAUUCAUCAGAGAUACUGAAGACGGAAGACACAGACUUACGUGGGAUUGGUUGAAGAAAGGAAUCAUAAAGAAAGAAACUGAAGGACUAAUAAUGGCUGCACAAGAUCAAGCCCUAAGAACAAAUGCUAUCAAAAAGUACAUCGAUAAAGCUGAUAUCUCACCAAAGUGCCGAUUGUGCGGAGACAGAGACGAAACCAUCAGUCAUAUCAUCACCGAAUGCAGUGCCUUAGCUCAAAAACAGUACAAGUACUGGAGACAUGAUAAGGUUGCGCAGAUAAUUCAUUGGGUGUUUUGUGGAAGAGUUGGUGUAAAGAGAGCUGAUAAGUGGUACGAUCACGAACCGGAAGGAGUGAUAGAAACAGAAAGGUACAAGAUCCUGUGGGACUUUAAGGUACAAACAGACCACCAGCUUGAACAUAAUCGGCCAGAUCUCGUGUUUUAUGACAAACAACAGCAGUCAUUGGUGGUUGGAGCCCUCGGAACCAUCCAUCGUGACAUGCCAGAAUGGAUGAAGAAGUUAGAGAUGUAUGAACUAAUUGGAAAAUUUCAACAAGCUUGUAUCCUAGGAACAGCAAGGAUACUGAGGAAAGUCCUUGACACCUAA